UAUAUAUACUUCAAUACAACUAUAGAAAUACAUCACAGCAUCUUCUUACUCAGCUUAAUAAUUGUUCUUGGCACAAACGAUCCCUUCCUACACCUUUUUGCUAGCUAGAGGCAUGCAAUCAUGUUGUCCUAAGGGCAUUAAUUAACGGACAGCAACAACAGACCGGGCUUUUCCUUAAGACAGCCUGAUGAUACAGCUUCAUAAUUUUUUUUCCCUCCAGUUCUUACAACCCUGUUCAGUUUGCCCCUGAUUACCACAUUGAGAUAUUGGAUAUAAGGACACUUUCAAUCAAGCUAACAAACUCUUUCCAAAAACAUUGUGGCUAACGCCAAAGCCUCUUAACACCCUGAUCUCUGAUUAGCUUUCUUGUAAAUGGAAUCAAUAUAUGUUUCCAGAUUUAAAGCGAAUAACAACUUGCACAGACUGACCAGGAAGUGAAACACCUUUUACGGGGCCUGGGUCAUUCAAGACAUGCUGUUUUGACAACAUUAAUCAACAAAUGAGCCUUACACAAUUCUUCCAGCCUGCGUACCUCAGCAACCUAGCCUAGUAAAAACAAUAAAACCUACAAGUGCAGACAUAGGUCACAUUUUUUUUGGCAGGCUCUCAUUUUUUCCACAUUCCUUCAAAGGCAUGUUUGAGUUGGUUUCGGGAUUAAAGGACUCAUUUUGGGUAAGUUCAGUACCUGUCGGUGAUGGUUAAACGUAGAGGUGAGGUAUACUCUCCACACAGAGUGGAGCAGAGCACAGUCACCACAUGGGAAACAUUCAAAAACUCAAAUGCUAUAUGUAUGACAAAUAUGACAAAUGCUCAUCUAAACAAGUCAUCUCAUCCACUUCAAACCUGCCAAAUUUGAAGUGGAUCAGAUCAAGUGUAGUCGAAGCAGGCAAAAAACCAACAAAAAGGCAGCUUUUUAAAAAUAUGUAUUAAAAAGCUGAGCAGAAAUUUGUAGUAAAAAUCUGUCUGUCUGUUCUUUGUUUCAGAAUAAGGACGUUAUCCUUCUGCCAUCCCAUUCUGCCUUAUCACGCAUUUCAUAACGCCCACGCAGGAUCUGUUUUUUUAAAUUCUAGCACAACCUGUCUUCCUCUCCCAGAGGGGAAAUCCCAACAAACGAGGGCUGUUACAGGGGAGUGGUUUGCUCCAACAACAAAUUAAAGUCAUCCAGAGCUUGAGCUUUCAGUUAUAUGCAGGUGUUCAGUAACAAAACACAGGUCUUCAUCCUGCAGAUGCGCAGAACUUGACAGACACACCUCAGUAACCCUGUGUAGGAGGAAACCAGUUGCGGGGCAUUUUGUGCUGCAGUUGUUCCUUGUUUCUGAUCCUGCGUUUACAAGCAGAAAGGUUGUGUGUGUGGAGGGAGCAGCAGAGAAAACUGACAGAGAACGCUAGCUGAGAAUCAGUGAAUGACUCCGUAAACAUGCUGGAUUCUAGAGGGAUUGAAAUCUCAGGAGGCCAGACUCUGCUGGCCUCUCCUUUCAGCUCGAGUUUCAGAGGGUGCUCAUUCAUCGAUGUGAAGCCGCCACCGGUGAGAACUGUGAAGCAAAUGCUAAUGAUGAAACGUAAAAAUCUACAGAACUGCUCACAGGACAACUACAAUUUGGAGCAUAAACGCAUGUCUCCAAAAUACGAAACUUCUCCCACUGGUGUGAAUCAUCAUCAGUUAAGCCCUCCAGUGCCUGUCAGUCAAAAUACCACCACCCUGUUUCCAACUGCUGCUCCUGAAAAUGCUCCAAUGAAACAAGAGUUUCUCGUAAAUCAACAAAUGCAGCACAGCUUCGAGUAUCCACCCCUGCACGAACAAAGGACCCCGUCUCCUGAAGGCAGGAUGACCUUGUUUCAAUGGCAAAUACAGCAGGAGGCACGCAAAGUUGAAGGAAUUUCCCUAGAGCAGCUGUCCAUGCAGGACUCAGAUGGUGACACAUUCCUUCACAUAGCAGUAGCAAAAGGUCUGCGUGCUCUGGCUUACGUGCUCUCUGCAAAAAUGGCUGGAACUUGCUUUCUGGACAUUAAAGAACACAAUGGGCAGAGCCCUCUCCAGAUCGCGGCUACCACCAAUCAGUACUUAAUUCUCCAAGACCUCAUGGCUCAUGGAGCUCAGGUCAACACGAGAGACUGCUGGGGCCGUGCUCCUUUGCAUGUGUGUGCUGAGAAAGGCCACUAUCUCACUCUGGGGGGCAUCUGGAAGGCCUUAAAAGGAAAUGGGGAACUGAUCGAUGUAGAAAUGUUCAGUUACGAUGGUUUGACUGCUCUUCAUUUGGCCGUCUUGUCUCACAACAAUGUUGUGAAGGAUCUGAGGAACCUGGAAAAUCCCUGCACAUUCAUGACCGUGGAGCUGGGGCAGCGAAAGCGCUUGUACUUUGAAUGUAUCAAGAUUCUGCUGAACAUGGGCGCCUCCUGUGGGACAAAGGAUCUGAAAAGUGGGCGGACUUCUCUCCAUAUGGCUUCUGAGGAGGCAAAUGUGGAGCUGCUGAAGAUUUUUCUUGACCAGCCAACAAUGCUGUCCAUUGUAAAUGUUAAGACGUUCAGUGGAAACACGGCGCUGCACAUCGUCAGCUCUCUGACCAAUCACAAAACUCAAGCCGAAGCGGUGAAGCUGCUUAUGAGAAAGGGAGCCGAUCCUGGGAUUAGGAACUUAGAAAAUGAGCUGCCGUCUCAGCUGGUACCUGAAGGUCCUGCUGGGGAAAAGGUGCGGCAGAUCCUGAAAGGAAAACAUGUUAAUGCUUAAAUAAAGCUGAAGAACACUGUCAGUCAGACAGUUGAGUAUGAUAAAUAUGAUUUGCCAAACAAGGCAGAUGGUGGUUGUUUCAGUGAAACAUGUCGAGUUGUUCAUUACGGUGUAAUGCUUACAAAAAAAAAAAAAAAUGUACUUAUGUAAAAUUUUUGUUGUUACUUUUAUCAAGUAGGGUCAGUGUGAUUAUUCUUUACAGGUUUUAAGAGUUUGGAAAGGAAUCUUGGGGUUGUUUUUUUUAAAUGUUUGAAUAUUUUAGCACCAAGUGAAAUCCUUUUGUUAAUGCAGUGGAAAAUAUUUACCCAUCUCAUCAAGAGAUAGUACUUUGAAAGGUAUCAAAUGAUUUCUUUUUUUCCCCGGCAUAUUGGGCCAAAAUGUAACAACUGGUGCAUCCCUCAUCAAAUCUACACUUAAUUUUCUAAGCUUAAAUCUUUGUAAGAGUUCUAAUCCUAAAUAUCUAGGUAAUGUUUUGAUAAUGAUAUGCAAAAUGUGGGGGGAAAAAAAUCACUGAACCAACUUUUUUCUAACUAUGCAAUUACACUGUGUUGUUUUUGUCUUCAUGACUGUGUGUUAUUGUAAAGGUAACUAUUGUGAUGUGUGAAUUGUCUUGUUUUACAUUUUUAGUUAAGUUUCAACUUUAUGGUUGUAAAUAGGAGGGGUGAUACAGAAUUCUGGGACUCUGCCUCAUAUACAUAUAAAAAAAAUCAAACAGGCAUGAUUUAAAUUUGGGCAAUCACCUGUUAAUGUCUUAUGUGCAUCUCCAACACAUUGUGGUAAAACCUCCAACUCCAAUUUUGGAGAAAUGGACGAAGUCACCUGGACGAAAAUUUGACUAAUAUGGUGCCGAAUCCCAGAAUUUUUACUACAAUUUCUAAUUUUCUAA